AUGGUGAUCUUUGAUCGUAAUACCAAAAUCAAAGACUUCAUGCGUGAUCUGUGCAUUUCGCAAAUUGUGCAAAGUUGGUGGACAAUACUGGAGCGUUGCUCGGAUGUAACGGCGCAGUGCCUUUGCCUUGACGCUGUUGCAGCAUUUGUUGAUUGGAUCGAUGUAGAACUGGUUGCCAAUGAUGUGUUUGUACCGCUUGUAAUAGCUCGAUUGGGGAACAAGGAAAUAUCCGAAGCGGCAGUGCGUGCUGUAUCUGCUCUGAUCCAGAAAGGAAUGCCACCGUCUAAGAAGCUUUCACUGGUUACUGCUCUUACAGAUGUCAUGCGAAACAACCAUCUCAUCAGUGUGAAUCCGAACAGCGACUAUGAGGACGUUUUGCGAGCAGGAUCGCUUUUAAGUGCUGUCGGAAGUGUUCUCAUCGACACCUACCACAAGUGA